AUGAUCCGCUAUUUUAGCAAAAAUUUCCGUAAAGUACGUACUACAUUCUAUCGGCUUGUGGAAUUAGAUUCAGGGACAGCAGAACAGAUGACCAGCAGCUUAAAAGAACAGCUCCAAAAAGACGGCCUUCCAUUGGAUAAACUCCUCGGAAUUGGAAUUGAUGGCGCAAACGCAAUGGCUGGUGAACAUAACUCUGUUUCAUCCAAACUCAGGGAGAUUAUUCCUCAUCUUGUAACGAUAAAGUGUGUUCCACAUUCCUUACACCUCUGUGCUGAGCGAGCUUGUGAUAUUUUACCAAAAAACCUAGUCUUUCUCGUCAAAGAAAGUCAUUCCUGGUUUUCAAAAAGCACGAAAAGAAACAUCUAUUACAACCGAUUACAUAAAAUUAUAGCUGACUCGAAUCCAAGAAAAAUAGCUAAAAUGUCGGGAACACGAUGGCUUGCUCGACUAAAUGCGAUUGAUACGAUUCUGGAUCAGUGGGAUGUCUUGGAAUUACACUUUAAUACAUACCAAAUGUAUCGUUGUAUUGAAAAUAAGUUGUAUUUGAUAAACGUAAAGAAAACAAUAAGGAACGUUUAUCUACUAGCUAAAAUGUAUUUGCUCUAG